ACUUUGUUCGAAAUCCUAGUCGCUGUAAUCGAGUGUCGUCAGCAGCCCUUCGUUUGUCUUUUGAGAACUAAUAUAUUCCGUCGUAAAAAUUUUGUUUUGUCAUUUAAUUUGCGUUUUGUUCAAAUAUGUCAUCGAAUGAGGAAUUAGUUGCCAAUUUCCGUGAAGUUACUGGAAUUGAUGAACAAAGAGCACGUUUUUAUCUCGAGUCGUCCGGUUGGCAGUUAGAGACGGCCCUUGCUAGCUUCUUUGAAGACGAUGGAGCUAUGGACAGGCAAGCUGGAGAUGGAGAAGAUGAACCUGUUGAACUUCCUUCAAACCACGUUCCAGAGCCUACUCUGAGGGGUGCUGCAGCUGUUCACAAACUUUUAGAAGUCAGCAGUUCUUCCGAUUCUGAUGAAGAAGGUCAGGCUUUUUAUGUUGGAGGUUCUGAAAGAAGUGGACAGCAAGUAAUUGGCCCCCCUCGUCACAAAGGAAAACCUUCUGGAGAUCUCAUUGGAGACAUGUUUAAAUCUGCCAGAGAGCAUGGUGCAGAAGUUUUGGAAAAAGGAGCUUCAUCUUCAGCAAAAGGAAGCCAAACCUUUAAAGGUACUGGAUAUCGUCUAGGACAAAGUGAAGAAGAUACACAAGUUAUACCAGGCGCUCGCCAGCCUGAACAGCCGCGUACCGUAGUACUAAAAUUGUGGAAAACGGGGUUCAGCUUAGACGAAGGGCCUGUGAGAGAUUACCAAAAUCCCGCAAAUAAAGACUUUCUUGAAUACAUUAAGCGCGGGGAAGUGCCAAUGGAGUUGAUUCGUGAGUCUCGCGGUCGUGAAGUACAUUUACAAAUGGAAGAUCAUCGUACAGAAGAAUUCAUCAGCAAGAAGACGCGUUUCCAGGCUUUUGGAGGUGAAGGUCAGGUAUUAGGAAAUCCAGCACCCUCAGUUUCCCAAAACACUGCGUCUUCCUCCGUUAAUCCCUCAGACUUGGCUUCUUGUGAGCAAAAAGCCAAGGCUGAACUUAACCUGGUGGAAAGUGAACCAGUUACAAAUGUGCAGAUACGCUUGGCUGAUGGUUCAAGACUGAUCGGUCGUUUUAAUAACUCACAUACUGUCGGACAAGUCAGGCAAUAUAUUACAACUGCGCGUCCACAAUACAGCGGCCAACCGUUUGCUUUGUUAACGACGUAUCCGAGUCAAGAAUUGAAGGAAGAUAGCACUACACUGAAGGAUGCUGCGCUUCUCGGAGCUACUAUAAUGCAACGUUUGAAAUGAUUGUAUAUUUCUGUCAUAAGUUCAGACCCACCUUCGAACUGGGAUCUUCAUAAUACAUUGUUAACAUCA